CUCCGAUGGAGUUUAACAAUCAGCGCUGCUAGUUCAGCGCCACUUCAGUACAAGUGCAGAACGACACACGUCGUUCGGCGUUGCGCAUCUGAUGGAAACUUGUGUUAUUAUUUAUUCGUCGGAAACAAGAAGAUUCUUUUAUUUUUCUGAGAGAUGAAUGUGACAUCAGACGCAAUUGUUAAAAAAACGAUGGGUGUGGAAUUUGCGAUCGGUGCACUGGCGGCGGCAGGCGCCGGCUUCUUCACGAACCCUGUGGACGUAGUGAAAGUACGACUGCAACUGCAAGGUGAAUUGGAGGCGCGGGGAACGUACAAAAAGAUAUACAAGAACACUCUGCACGCCGGUUAUCUGAUAGCCAAACACGAAGGCAUCCUCGCUCUGCAGGCCGGACUGAUCCCCGCCUUAGGCUUUCAAGUUGUGCUCAACGGCAUUCGCUUAGGCGCAUACAAGUCCGCGCAGAGGUAUGAGUUGAUUGUCAAUGAACAAGGUAAUACCGAUAUUCUGCGGACGAUAUUGGUAUCCGGCACGGCCGGCUGCGUUGGCGCCGCGCUCGGCAGUCCACUAUAUUUGGUCAAGACGCAGAUACAAGCGCAAUCCGCGAAAUCUAUCGCUGUUGGUUAUCAGCACGAGUAUGCGGGAUCGUGGGAUGCUUACAAGUCUCUCUGGAAAGAGGGCGGUAUUGCGGCUCUAUAUCGGGGGUGGCAUGCGGGUUUGCCGCGCUUAUUCGUCGGCUCGUCAACGCAGCUGACUACUUUCGGAUUAGCCUUAGAUUGGUUGCACUCACUGAAUAUAUUUCCAGACCGUCCAAUACUGUUGACCUUCUUGGCUUCUGCAAUUGGAGGCAGUUGCGUAGCCAUCGCCAUGCAGCCGUUUGACGUUCUGGCAACGCGAUUGUACAAUCAACAAACAGAUGCAGUCGGAAAAGGUGCCUUGUACGGAGGAAUCGGGGACGCGCUUAUUAAAAUAUUUCGCACAGAAGGUCUAACCGGACUGUACAAAGGAACCUUCCCAACCUGGUUAAGGAUAGCACCACAUACAGUUCUGUGUUUAGUGUUUUACGAGAAACUAGAUCAACUUUACGAUAGAAUUAGACAGCUUUAAACAUAAAUUAACGUUAAUUUAAAAUUUUUUGUAUAAAAUCCUAUGUUUAUUCUAAAUAAACAUACAUACACUACCCACACCACACACACACACACACACACACGUAGCGAUCAAACGAGAAUCUUUUAAGAUUUUUCAAUACGUUUUUUGAACAACAAAAAUACGCGUUGCAGAUCUGUAUUCGGAAUAAAUUGACGUUAUAUA